AUGAAUAUUUCGACUAUAAAUAAAUCAACUGCAGCAUCUCGUUCGAUAUCCUAAUCCGACGUUUAGCAAACCCUCCUCCUCAAAUUUUCUUCAUCUUCCCUUGUCAGCGAAACUCGUGCAAUUAUGGCGAUCAGUUCCUUCAAGCAAGAGCAUCCUCUCGAAAAGAGACAGGCUGAAGCUGCUCGUAUCAGGGACAAGUAUCCAGAUAGAAUACCCGUGAUUGUCGAAAGAGCCGAGAAGAGUGAUGUCCCUGAUAUUGAUAAGAAAAAGUACUUGGUCCCAGCUGAUCUGACUGUUGGUCAGUUUGUUUAUGUUGUCCGCAAGAGGAUCAAGCUCAGUCCUGAGAAAGCCAUCUUCAUUUUCGUCAAGAACAUUCUUCCACCUACUGCUGCGAUUAUGUCUUCGAUUUAUGAAGAGCACAAAGACGAAGAUGGGUUUCUCUACAUGAGUUACAGUGGGGAGAACACGUUCGGGAUCUUCUAAUGCGCUUGCUUGGAGCUACCAUAUCUCUGAACCUUGAUGCCUCGGUCUACUAUGUACAUUCUUUCUAUUUCUCGCUGCUUUGUUAUGUCUGAAGCUAUGAAACUUGCUUUCUUAUGAACUUAUGAACAUAUAAUCAUCUCUUGUACUCUUCGCUUUGCUUUACUUUGCUUUGAUGCUACUACUAUUAAUCGCAUUAGUAACCUCUCUCUAAGUCAACUUUUCAAUAUUAUUCAUUACCGCCAAGGUGUGAUAU